AGGGGCCGUGUGGGGGGAGCAUUGGGCAGGGCGGGAAGCCAACAGAGGAGCACGCUGCCCCUGGGGGCGGGGGGCCCUACAAGUGUGGGGAGUGUGGGCAGGGCUUUGGCAGCCAGGCCUCCCUGGCCAAGCACCGGCGGCAGCACGCCGGGGUGGGCGCCUUUCCCUGCAGCCAGUGUGGCAAAGCCUUCAGCAACAAGGGCAACCUCCUGCGGCACCUGAAGCUACACAGCGGGGAGAAGCCGCACGGCUGCGCGGAGUGCGGGCGGCGCUUCCGCACCAAGCAGACCUUCCUGUCGCACCAGCGCGUGCACACUGGGGAGAAGCCCUUCGCCUGCCGCCAGUGCGGGCGGAGCUUCACGCGCAAGGAGAACCUCGUGCGCCACCAGGAGACCCACGUGCACAAAGAGCCCCACACUUGUCCCGAGUGCGGCAAGAGCUUCCUGCACGAGGGCUCGCUGCUCCUGCACCGCCGCGCCCACUCCGGGGCCCGGCCCUUCCCCUGCGCCCACUGCGGCAAGAGCUUCAACUGGAAGACGAACCUGACCACCCACCUGCGCAGCCACGCUGGGCAGCAGCCCUCCGCCUGCCACCAGUGCGGCCAGCGGUUCGGCGACCGCGGAGACCUGCUGCGGCACCAGAGGGCCCACGCGGGCGGCGGGCUGCCGACAGGCUACGGCAACGGGGAGACCUUCAGCGAGUUCCUCCAGAUCCACGAGAUGCUGAUCUCCCGCACGCACGCCCGCAAGCCCCUGGGUGCCCUCACCAAGUACAAGUGA